CUGAACAUAACGCAAGAAAUCGCAUUAACAUGUAAAUGAAAUGUGCAUCAUAAAAAGUUGUUGUAAUACGUUAAACGCCUAAACAGCUUAUAUGAAGAGAAAAACAAGCGAAAGAAAAAGCAAAUAAUUUUAUUUAGCAAAUACGAUUACAAUAAUAGCAGAAUCAUUAGAUUACAUAGAGAAACCAACAACAAACAAAAAGUGAAAAUCUAGUAGAAGCCGUAAAAAAUAACAAAAACACACAACUUAAAACAUCCACUGCUACAAAUAUUGCCAACACAAGCAGGAGUCAUUAAAAACACGGAAGUGGGCUGCGGACAGCCGAAAAUAAAAUUAAAAAGUUAAAUACCAAACAAAAAAAAAAAUUGGUGAAAUAUUUAAUGUCCAGGCAUUUUUGAGUGGCCAACAGCGCGUCGAAUCCCAACAACUCACCAAUCCACCCACAAAAGCUGCCAGAAGUACGCAACAGAGUUCGUUUAUAAGUGACGCAUGUGCGUGUGUGUGCGCAUCUAGCCAAUAGCCAAUUGAGCAGCAACAAAACGUCGUUACAACAACAGUAACAGCAGCAAGAUGACGCUACGCAUUUCAGCGAAAUAUAAAAAUCAUCUCGGCCUCAUAAUUUAUGGUUUUGCUGCGCUGUUGCUGCUGCUGACAGCAGCGCCGUUGGGCAGUCAAGCGGGGCGUAUAUUUG